AUGCGGCAGAUACGCCAACCGGUGGUUGAGCUGGUUAUGGAAUGCUGUACUGUAUUGCGGGAUGUGCAGACCUGUUCAGCGGUCGAGGCCAAGAAAGAGGAUGUCAAGGAGGCUGAGAUGGCGCUCGAAGCCUUGAAUACUCUGCAGGAACAGGUACGUAGUGGCGAUGCGGUGCUAGAUGAGACAAUCACUGAACGCAACGAGUUGGGACAGCGGUGUGUAAAACUGAUAGAAAGUGCAAUGCAGAAUCGACCAAAAGAUCCAGGUGCGCCUAUCAGAGUGCGUGCAGCUGAGGUACUAAACAAGCUGCGUAUAACGCCGAAUGAUAAAGUGCCUCGGCAGGAAAAUUUUGAUGGUUUGCGUAGACUGUGUGACAGCGCGUGCGCUAGAGGCGAGAACUUUGCUACUGCGUUGGGUCUUAACUCAGCUCAAAGUAAGGCGUGCGAUGAGGCAGUGACCAUUGCGCGCAACGCUCUUCCCAGUUCGUUAUUGCGAGAGUAUGGAUACGAAUCUGCAGCUGAUAUUUCAAUGCGGGACUGCAUCGAUCCAUGCAAAGCCGCACUGACCGCAGAGAUGACCUUCCUGGAAGGUGGUGCACGGUAUCUUACCGAACGCAUCAAACUUGCAGGCGUGUUCUCUGCCCUGGAGACUGCAUUGGAUACAGUGAUAAGACUGAAAGCCCCAGAUGUCUCGCUAGUACAUGAACAACACAAGGGGAAUUUCAACUUCAACCUCGAACGGAAGAAAUGGGAUGCGCGUGUUCUCCUUGCCGAAAACGAGACAAAUGAAGCCACACUACGCAAAGAUCGCGGAGUGUGGCAACGAAACACCCGAGAUCGAGAGAAGGCUGCUAGGCACGAAUUGACUGCUUGGCUUCAGUAUACAGGCACACACUAUCCUGAACUGCUCAGAAGUCCAAGUGUCACGGCUUGUUUCACGUGGGAGUGGGAGCUAAAGUGUGCGGCACAGGGGCUGUUGCGCAAAGGAGACAAAAUUAAAAAUUAUCAGCAUGUGAAGAUGCUAUCGGAAAAGAAGGAUCGAUCCGUGAGACUCGUCACCGAUUUUGAGGGCAAGCAUGUAGUAGUCAAGUCCUACAUCCUCACCACCAGCUCACACUUCUCGCACUUCAUGAAGACUUGUAGUAAGCUGGGUGGACUGCGGGGAGCGAUCAAUAUUGUGCCCAUCAUUGGGGUAUUUACUGAGGAACACUUUGGUCACGUACUCAUGUACAACUACAAAAGCGGUGAUCUUGAGGCAUGGAUGCAGAACCACCCAAAGCGAGAUCCAAAGUUGUGUCUACGGAUAGCGCACCAAGUCGUGGCUGCAGUCGAGAGCUUGCACACUCGUGACAUUGUGCACUGCAACUUAAAUCCCGAGAACAUAUUCUUGACAUCCAAGUUAGAGGCUGUGCUGGGCGACAUUGACGAUUUGCGCGACGCAGACUGCACUAUAACGACUGCGGUAGUAGUGACGCGUAAAUUCGAAGCACCCGAGAUACGCAGUAGAUUGGUGAGUAGGUUUGACAAGAGUGCGGACAUACAUUCACUCGGCCUGGUGCUGAAGAUCUAUUCAGUGGUGUGA